GUUUGAUUAAACAACUAAAAGUUAAAACAUAAAAAAUUGGCUUUUUAAAAUAAACUUAAAAUAAAAGAAAAAUGUUAAAAGUUUCAUUUGUAAUUAUUGUCUUAAUAUUAAAUGUAACCUUUGCCAAAUAUUUUGAGGAAUGUCUAGAAGUAGCGGAGGAUACUCUAAUACCAGUAGCAAACGAUUGUCGUGCUUAUAUCUACUGCAGCGAUGAAGAGCAAUCUUUUAAAGAUACUUGCCCUGAAGAAACUUAUUUUGAUGCCGAAACAGGAGAAUGUCUAAUGGAUUAUGAUAAUAUAUGUCCUAAAACAAUACAAACAGAAGAAGAGGUCUCCACCACAAAACCUAUAGAAAUGGAGACUACCACGCCCAUUUCCUUAACAACACCCACAACAAUUAACAUUUUUUCAACUUCCUUAACCCCCAACGCUGACAGACCCUCUUCAAGACCUAAAUGUGCUCGCCAUUCGAAUGCCUAUUAUCCUCACUUUGAACGCUGUGAAUACUAUUACAAAUGUGUAGCUGGUUAUUUAACAAUUUUAAGAUGUAAUUUCUAUCAUGCCUGGGAUUAUCAGAGAGAAAUGUGUGUUCCCCAUAAUAUGGUUCAGUGUUAUGGUACAGCGAAGCUUAGCAAUUUUAAACCUAAAUUUCCAGGGACAAUUAUUACAUUGUUGUAGAUAUUUAGGCUGGACUUUGUAGUUAAGUAAGUUAUUUUUAGU